GAGCUAUACCUCAAAUCUUUUAUUUCAAAUAUUUAUUAUUUUGUCUUAUAUAUAUAUUAAUAAUAAAUAAUUUCAUGAAUAAAUUAAUAUACGAAAAAGUAGUUUUCUAUUUCAUAUUUCGGAAUCACAAAUUUGAUUUUUCCAGAAUCUAAAUUUUGAUCAUGUGGCUUUAUUUACAUUCUAUAGUUCGACUCCACGAAUGAUGUAUAAUAUAAAAUUAGUUCUAAUCGAAUUAAAAUAAAUCUUAAAUUUAUGUAUUAAUAUUAAUUUAAAUAUUCAUAACAAUAAGUUUAAAUUAUUUUUUAUAUCUACAGUUUUAAAAAAUUUAUGAUGGUUCGUUUUCAAACUAUGACACCACAAGAAUAUAAAACAAAUCAUCGAAAUUUCAAGAUAAUAUAUGGUUUUUAUCCUACGCCUUUUGGAAAUUGUUUAAUCGGCAUUACUAGUACUGAUAAUGCUAUUAUAUAUCUAGGAUUUGUCGACAAAAGUAACGAAGAAGCGUUAGCUGAAUUAAAAAGCAAUUGGCCUUUUUCCGAAUUGAUUAAGAACAUUGGAAAUAAAAUAAAUGAAAUUAUAGAAAAAAUUUUUUUCGAACAAAUGUCUACAAAUGAUUCUAUUUUGGUUCUUAUGAAGGGUACAGAAUUUCAAAUAAAAGUUUGGCAGGCUUUGAUGUUUAUAUCAGAUGGUACAACUGUUACUUAUGAACAGAUUGCGCAAAAUAUAGGUAAACCAAAAGCUGUACGUGCUGUUGGAAAUGCGAUAAUGAAAAAUUAUAUUGCAUAUUUAGUGCCAUGUCAUCGUGUAGUAGGAAAAUCUGGUAGUAAUAAAUAUAAAUGGGGAACGAAACGUAAAGAAGAUCUUUUGAUACAUGAACGUAAAUAUAUAAACAUUUGAAUUUAUUUUAAGCUUUGGUCUUUUUUUUUAUAAGUUUUGUUAUUUAAAUAAUAUUUAUCUUAUUAUCAGCAUAAAUAUAUAGAUUUUUUUUUUAUAUCAAAAUUUGAAAUUUGUAUAUAUUAUAAAAUGAAAAAUUGUUUAUUUUUUUAUAUUAAAAAUUUAAUAUUAAAUUACAAAUAAUUGAAACAUUAUUAAUUAAUUAAAUUAAAUAAAAAUUAAAUAAAAUAUUAUAAAGAAAAGCAAUUAUUAUUUAAAAAAAAUUAUUUUAUUAUCCCUAGUAUAUAAAUAUGCAAGAUAAAUUAUAUACAUUUUUAAGAUAAUAUUUAAGUUAUCAAAAAUAUUUUAUACAUACAUAAAUUAUAUGAUUAACAUAAUUAAUUUUAUUGCAUUUCUGUAUAAUAUAAUAGGAACAUUAUAAUGUUAAGAUGAUCUUCAGAAUUAAAUAAUUUUAAAGAUGAUAAUAUCAAUUAGAUAUAUAUAUAUAAAGUUUAAGUUUUAUAUUUGCAUUCAAAUAAUUAUUAAUAUAAUUUUUGUAUAAAAUUAUAGCAUCCUCUUAAUGUUUUAUAGUAAUAUACAAAGUAUUCUUUUACUUAAUUAGCAAUAUACAAAAUAUUAAUCAUCACAAUUUUAAUAAAUAAAUAUUGAAAAAACUUAAAUGCAGAAUGAUACAUAUUUGUGAAAUUUUAAUAUAAUUUCUUUUUAAUUUACAAAUCUUUCAGAUGUCAAAAUAAUAAAGACUAUAAAUUUAUGACUUUUUUAAAUUAAAUAAAAUUAAUUAAUAAUAAUUGUUAAAAUUAAAGAAUUGACAAUGAAUAACAUCAAUAAUUUGGCAUCUGAUAGACUUAUUGUUAAACACACUAUGACUGAAGAAGUAUUAUCUACAUUGUAAACAUUAUUGUAUUAUGAAUUCUAUACUAAUGAAUAUAUAUGUAUAAUGUUAUUUUAUGUAACAUAUAUGUACACACACACACACACACACACACACACACACACACACACACACACACACACACACACACACACACACACACACACACACACACACACACACACACACACACACACACACACACACACACACACACACACACACACACACAGAGAGAGAGAGAGAGAGAGAGAGAGAGAGAGAGAGAGAGAGAGAGAGAGAGAGAGAGAGAGAGAGAGAGAGAGAGAGAGAGAGAGAGAGAGA